AUGGCUGCACAGGGUCUUCCGCAUUCUUCAGCCAACUUGAUGGAGAUGACUAUUCAAACUAACGGAUUUGUAGGGUUGGACAAAGUCGCCAACAGCACCCAUCCAGGUUACCCUAUGCGUGGCGCGGAGGCUUGCGGCACGGAAAACAAUUCAUCAGCUGCAUGGGUUAAGGUCAAAAAAACCGGGGUGAUCACCUUCUACAAUUUUCAAGGAGACAGCUCGACAUGUACGUUGGACAAUGGACUCAAGCAUGGCAGCCGCUGCACCCCUCGGGCUUGA